UUUGGGGGAAAAAAGAAAUGAGGAUGAAGCCUUGUUUUCAAUCUCCUAAGUAGACCCCAUGUCAGUAAUAAUUACAAGGCCUGGGCUCAGAGGUGGAAUGAUGCACAGAAUUGCUCUUGGAGUAAUUAGUUGAUGAAACAUAGAGAGAUUGCAGGCGGUACACAGUGCAAUGGCCGUGAAAUGAUACAGUAAAUCUGCUGCUUAGGUAAAGAAAAAGCAACCGUGAGUAUGGACAGCAGGAUCAAAAGUUAUGUUCUACUCCUGACUUAUCAUGCUUCACAUUUUUCCAACAAGCUUAACUCCAUUACUAAUUGGUAAGGUGUGGCAUAUUUGUCAAUGUGGUUUCAAAGGCUCAGUCAAACAGUGGAACUAAUGUGUCGGCAAAUUGCAGAGUGCCAGCCUCUCUGUUAUAAUCUAUUAUUAUUUAUUGCUGCACACCUUAGCCAGAUUCUUUCAGAUUUCCCACUCCAGAUUGAUGUAGUGUGACAUUAUCACUGAUAUGGUCCAAAAGAUGGAGGCACGCUGUGCGAUUUACUUUGUGCCUCUUCCCUUCUGUUCUGUGCACAUUAUCAUUAUUACUUUUUCUUCUGUUUCCUGGUGGUGAGUGUGAACGUCAAAGUGAGAGGUAUUAUUUGAUUUUUUAUUUUCUCUCGCAUGUAAUGCGUCAAUAUGAGUUCACAGUGUUUGACUAUAAUGAGUUGAUGCUGCAUCUCGGUGUAUCCUCCACACUUGUCAACCAUGGGGAUAAGGUCUUUCAUUAUCCUCCCACUGCCAGCUAUAGCUGUCUUUUUAAGCCAUGCAAGGGACUGACGGUAGGAUGUAGAGGAUUCCUGCUAAAAGGGCUUGCCAGCAGUGUGGCCACUCUAGAUUUCUUCAAAAAGCUUGACUAGAGUAUGUAACAGAGAGUAUGAACCAGAGCAGAGGCUGCACAAAUGAGAGCUGGUUCCUGAACAUGCAUGUGCAACAUUCCAGUUACCUGGUUUAUGGGCUGAUUUAAGUAGGAAUAGGCAGAAGGUUUCAUUUACUCUAAGUAAAUCAUCACAUUUUUGCCUUUAAAUAUUAAGAAUUAGAGUAAUUAGAUAACAGAUUAAACUCACAUGGGCUUCAUUACAAACCUUAUUUAGGAGACGUUUUUCCUUGACUUACAUGUUCUGGUCCUUGGAAGCAGAUCCUGCACACGGGCGUCCUGAAGCCACUCUCCGUGUAGCUCGUGAGGGAGAACCUCUCCUCCAGUUUGCCCUUUGAGCAGUCAUCUGAAGAGCUGCUGCAGCCGCGCAGGGCCGCCGACAGCUCUGCCGCAUCCACCCAGCCCGAUACCGGUCGCUCUCCACCCGGUUGCCCGAUGGCUCCCGCGGCAGGUGCGGAAGCGGGGUCGCCUGCGUGCUGGUGGCUCCGCGUUAACGUGUUGUUGUUGUCAGGGACGAUGACGCCUGUUUCAUGGCUUUCAGUGGUUUGGCCGCUCAUGGGGGUCAGCGGAGGCAGCGGUGUCGGCGGUGCCGGUGGCCCGAGCAGGAGCACCCUCAGGUCACCGAGCAGGACGCAGCAGCGGCUCUUCAGCAUGCCCUGGCUGCGCAGCAUCAGGCUGUCUCCGGUCACAAACUCACAGCACCAUUCAAAUGUGCUGGAAGAAAUCAGCAUGUACUGUAUAAAUCCCCGGCAUGUGCAAACACUUCUUCAUACGUGGAGGGGAGGGAAAGUAGGAACAGAGGGUGCGUUUUUCUGCGAGUGUUGGUUGAAUUCAGCCUUUUGGUUUUCUUUGUUGAUGUAUUAUAACUGAUGGUCUUUUACCGUCUUUCCUCCGGAAUGUAAAUCCAAAAGGCAAAUAAAUCCCAUCGAUGCAAACAAGUGUCUGAAGCCAUUAAGUUCAAUAAAUGGAACAGCUAAAAGAAGAAAGUCAAAUGUUAGAUUGAUAGGAAUAUGCAUUCAAGUAAUAAGGCUGUGGCCCGUUCACUCAGUGCCCACUGUCAUUUCAUGGCCUUAAUAGUCUGCCUGCUCUGUACAACAUAAACUAUCUCGACAGGCUUCUCCCUCCAGAUUCACGACGAGCCCAGAAACCCAAGAAUCCAAUCUGCCUAUGGUACAAUGGACUGAUACAGACUACAAAACAAAAUGUCAGCGCUCACUCUUACAAUUCAAACAUUUUAACAGCACACAGCGGAUAAGACAUCAACACAGCUCAGAUUACUGUCGACGUCUUGUACGGCUUUCAAGGCAAUCGAUGGCGUGCCAUGUUAGGAAGCGAAAUCUGUCUUACCUGGCGAGCUACCCCGAUUUCUAUACGACUCACAGUUUCGGGAUUUUUCUCAUAGAUCCCCAGCCAGACUGCAGGUCGCUGGCAAGUCAACGUGAAGCUUACAUCCCCAAUUAUCGAAUUUCCAUGUCUGAGGAACAAGCUGGGGGGGUUCAAAUCUCCGUUAUAAUCCAACACGAUUGUCGGACUGUCCUGCUCUGGGUGAAAGCAUCCGUAGCCCUGGAUUCUCCUGUGAUCAUUGGCUGCUGAAUCGGUGCUGCAGCUUCAGCACCAUGAUUCCUGGGACAGCUCCCAGACGCCACACGUCACCAGCGCACGGUGAUGCAAGCAGCCAACUCAUUACUACAACCGUGGACGGAGACAAACACACGAACACACACACACACACACACACACACACACACACACACACACACACACACACACACACACACACACACACACACACGGGGAAAUGGUUAAUUACCUGUUUAAGGCAAGCUAUCUAUCAUGGCUGACGGAGCCAAUGAGUUGAAUAAAGGGGACUUUUCAGUUUACCUAUUUUUAUCAGGCAACAGUCUCGAGAAAAUGAACUUGCAGCAGCCAAUAAUCAAUAAUUAAACAAUUCAACCAUUAGACAUCACAAGACUAACGCAAAUUACUGAUAACAACCUUGCUAAAUGGCGCCACUUGACUCAACAUGAAUAUCAUCAACUUUGAAAGUGGCCUCAAUGAGUACGAGGACAAAUUAUAGGUUUAGCUUGAAUCAAACAGCCACUAAAAGCACUUUAUUUUCCACAUUUUCCUCCAAACAUAAUAAAUGAAUAGAAUAGUGGAAAGUGCUGCAGUUGAAUUGUAUUUCAUGACUGACUUACUGUCAGAAAAAUAAUACUGCAUCUGACUUGCAGCCAGCUGAGAAGAACGACAGAGAUAGUGGACUUCCUUUUCUUCGAUAUCUUUUACUUGCAAGAAGUCAGCAGCUUACAACAAAGGCAGCUUCCUCUGACUGAGGAAUCCAGAUUUUUACACAUCCUUUAUGCAGUCAAGAAACAGACACCCCUGCCCACUAACAUCAUCUCACAAGUGGCAUGACAUUACAACAGUAUCCAACUAGGGCACGGGUUGCAGCUGUGGUCUGUACUGGGAGAACAAAGACAGCUUAGUUCAUCAUCAGGUUCCUGCUUAUCAGCUCAAUGUCACACUGUUGGGAAAACAACCUGUGAGUGAAAUUAUAGCAUUCAUCUAGUUGCACGGCUUCAGCGGAAAAGUAUCAGUCCCAACUCCAAGGCCAUACUUCUCCUUUCCCAUGCUCAUUAAAAAGAAACAGAUAUGACUGUGAAAGCAUUCACACCAAGUGAGUUUCAGUAAAUGAUGAUUAACAUACUUAUUUAAUGAUAAAAUACACAUGUGAUAGCAUACACAUACAAUUUUUCUUUCACUUAUCAAUCAACACAGCUGUCUGGUAUUGAUUAAUUAACAGAUUGGUUAUUUAUUAACUCUGUCUGAUCAAUGAAGGACAGCAUAUUUGUAGUACUAAUAUGAAAGAACAAAAGAAUAACACACACUUUCAGAUGGAGUAAAAGAUUAAAAGGCUAACAGAAAUAAAAUAAAAAAAUACAAAAUGCUAUUUUAAAGGCACAGAUUUUCUUCUUUAAGUUAAAUCACUCCAGCUCUAUGGUGUUGCAUACAGUGAGUUAUGAAUUACCUGUCAAAAGGUGACAAAAUGACUCAUUUCCUUCAGCCAUACAAUUAUUAAAUCAUCCAGGUCAUAUCAGUAAGUGUAGUACUUUUAUCAAGGCUAUAGAAAGCACUGUAUUUCUCUUGGUUAAAGGAAAGCUCGGCUAUUCAGACUUUUUUAGGGUAAUUGCAAUAGGCCAAUAAAAGUGACAUAUUACAUUUUAAAUAGGUUGUAUCGAGGGCAAUACAUAAUAAAUCUCACAGUGCAGUGUGAUAAAGAAAAAAAAAAAGAAAAAGAAAAAGUGAGUCAAAGGCUGUGUCUGAAAUGGAUCCCUAACCCCUAUAUAGGUGACUAUAUGGGGGUCAGCGCCAUUUUUAGGGGUGUCCGAAACCUAAAUAAUCAAUUCCAGUGCCCUAUAUAGGCGACUCAAAAUUUCCCAUAGAGCAUUGAAAAAUGUUGUGACCAUCCGAUGGUCACUCACCAGUGGUGGGCAUCCCGUCAUGCAUUGUGGCUUGCCAUGUAGUGUCUGAAACCUCCAGUGAUUGAGUUCACUACAUAGUCAACUAUUUAGUAAAACCCUAUAUGGGGGUUAGGGGUCAGGGAUUGAGUGAUUCAUUCCGGACACAGCCAUAAACUCAAGCAUCUGGACCUAGAGGCAGACUCAUGGGAAAGUGAUUACCUGGCUAACCGGGCAGCUGGGCGUCUUUAUUGUACAACCCAACACUCUUGUGGCAAAACCAAUGCAGCUGAUGGUUUGAAACCAUAGACUGUAUAUAGAAUGGAUGCCGUCCGCCUCCUCACUGGGUGAAACCACUCCGAGAACAGCUCCCUCUGGUGACGGUCUGCAGUAUAGGUCAUAAAUCCCGCCUCUGCCAGCAAAACUUAUGGAGUUGUGGACAAACUUUAGAAAUUUAUUACACAGAAUAUCAUUUUUUCUCCCCCCUGCUUGCGGUGUUGACAUGUAGUUACUGUCAGACUGGUUUGUGCUCAAGUCCUCUUUUUUCUGUGCAGCUCCAUUUUUAAAAGUUAUUAGGGGAUUCGUGUUUUCUAUGAUUGACACUUGAUACAGCCUAUGGGCGUACGAAGAUUGCAUAGCUCACUCGGGGGAUACGCUGUUUGAGCCGAGCGUCAUCACAGCGACUCUCGGUGACUCUCCCGCCGAAUGCGUACAAUGCUACUGCGCAAUGCUGGUUUCAGGAAAUGAAGAAAAAUCACGGAAAUACUGAGAACUUUUUAGCUGUGUUCGAAAUUGAUCACUCAAUCCCUAACCCCUUACCCCCAUAUGGGAUUUCACUAUAUAGUUGACUAUGUAGUGAGCUCAAUCACGAGAGGUUUCGGACACUACAUGGCAUGACGCAAUGGAAUUGAUCACUCAGGUUUCAGACACCCCUCAAAAUGGCGCUAACCCCCAUAUAGUCGCCCAUAGAGGUUAGGGAUCCAUUUCGGACACACCCUUUGGCUUCAAAUCUGUAUACUGACGGGAGGCGAAAACAAGUUGUCCAUAGUAUAUACAGUCUGUGUUUGAGACGCAGAUCACAGAAAUACUGUGGACUCAGAUCAGUAAUUUUGGUAAAAGCUGCCGCAUUUUAAAAUGCGUUAGUGGGCCUGGAAGUAGACUAAGGUGUAGCCUACACACAUUUUACAACAAGUCUUUGAUUCAGUCACACUAGAGAUACCAUCAGCAACACAGUGGGCUAUUCAAUGAAAAGUGGGGAUGCCAAAUCUGUUAUUCAUAGUCAAAUGAGCAAACUUGCCCAAUCUACUUUAAGAACUGUAUUUUUAUGAUUUUAUGAAGUAAAAUUAAAGGCUGAAAAUUAAAGGUUUUCAAUAACAUCUGCCUAAAGUUACCAAGCUUAACAUCAGUGAGACAUUGCUGGUAUUGCAUCAGUUAACUUUAGAGUAACCUACUUUAUUUAUUACUUUUUUAUAUUGACAAAAAAUUAACUUGAAUGACUACUUUAUCCAUUUUUUUCUUUAAAAAAGUUGACCUUCCUUUCACUUUAAUGCUUAAAUAUUAUAGAUAUGAAUAAAAAAACUUAAUUGAGAGUUGUCAUUAAGACGUUGAUUUAAUUUUGUUGCUUGUUGUUUGUUUUAUUUCGUUCCAGUUUUGAGCAACGUCUCUACAUCACCAGGCAACCGCCACCGGCACGUGCCUGGUUGUUUUUCAACGUCAUUUCCUGCGCGGCAGACACUGAAGCAGCAACCGACUAGCAUGAACUCCCUCUGCACGCGUUGCGAGCUCAGAAAUUAAUAAGAACUCCUGUUUUUAGCUCUCACUCUUCGACUUUUAGUGAGAUGCCACCCCUGGGACAAAUACCACCUCAUCUCUGAAUCCACGGUGACUCUGUCGACUUACUUUGCUGCUAAGUUUUGCUGCUCCCGCCCACCACGUUAGCAAGCGUUAGUCGCUGUUGUUAAAAUGCAAGUUUAUCAACGGUCGUAGAUGUGCUGUUGUUGCUGAUGCGGACUCACUGAUUACAUACUUUAGGUAAAUAGAUGUGUGAUAGUUCUGAUGGAUCUUGUUUUAUGAAUUUAGGGACAGAGAAGUCGAGAGUUGGCGUUUGUAUCUACAGAAAAGUUCAGCAUGUCUUACCAGCUGACAGGAGAGCAGCUGAGAAGAAUAGAGGAAAACAGACAGAGGGCUUUGGAAAGAAGAGCCCAAAAACUCGAACUUACUACCAGCAGCAAUAAACAGACAGCAGGACACGUCAAUAAGCCGUCGUUUCAGGCGCUGCCUCCCAAACAUAGCAGUGGUCCUGUUCCUGCUGCUCCCACUCAUCUCAGAGAAGCUCGACCUCAGAGCUCAGCCCCUGAACGAAAACGGUUCGGUCCUCCUUUCAACACAGACCCACAAGGUCUCCAUAACCAAAACCAUGACCCAAACCUUCAGCAGUCACGUGGCACUGGCAACCAUAUCUAUCAAAGUGCUCUGCCCAACUCUUCCAUUGUGGGACUGGUGAGUAUUUUACUGAAGCAUCCAUUUUUUCUGUUUAUGGGAUUAACUUCUUGUUUUUCACUUGCUUAUUUCAUGUUUGUUCUUUAUUUGAAGGUGAAAGUCAGUAACUCACCUUCCCAGACAACAAGUCAACAAGUGAGCAGUGGCGUCUCCUCCAGUGGUGGAAACUUUGGUGUGAAGCCUAAUCUCUCCAUCAGCAGCUCUGUUGGUGCAACUGGUUCUUUCUACAAGCAGAGUAGCAAACCUACACAGAGCCCCACAGCUCAGCCUCCAACAAACUCCACAACUUUAAAUGGUGCACCUGCAAAGAAGCCUGCCAUUUCUGUAAGAGGAAGAUGUGUACCUCACACAGAGGGGCGGUUUAGGAUAGAAGUGGGCUACCAUGCAGACCUAAUUGCAGUUUUCAAAUCUAUUCCAACAAAGAAUUAUGGUAAGUAUCUACUGACCAGACCUCUACUGUUUGAAGAUCGGUUUAAUGCCCAGUCCUUUUUGCAGAGUUUUUUUUUUUUUUUCAAAUCCUCAGUGCACAGUGAGGACCUGUCAAACCACAGGUGUUUAGUCUUCAGCUAUGUAAAUACAGUUAAACAACUUUUUGCUAAUGAGAUAAUUUCAAAUGUUCCCCUUGUUCCAAGUUAAAGGGAUAUUUUGGUGUAAAAUUGAUAUGUAACAUUAAGUUAGACACCCCAUUGAGAGAUGAAUGUUGCCGACCGCUUGCUUCUCUAGUUAAACCAACUUUAGUAACGACUGCACGAUAGCAAUACACAGCGGUCCCAGAAGCCAUACGCAAACCUCAACCAAAAAGCCACUCUAUAGCCACAAAUAAUGCUCAGAACAGCACCUAACUUCAUAAACAGUAUCUAUAGGGUCCCAGCCAUAGCACUAGCCACCAAAUAUCUUUUAAACUUUGCCUGAUUUCUUUGGCAAAGAGACUUAACACAACUCACCCACUCUCCUCCAGUAGCCGCUUGUUUGUACGGAGACCUCAGGCCAGUCCAUUACUGCAGCGGGGUGACGCAAGGAAGAACAUUUAUGAUCAUUACUUUAUAAUUUCCUUGAAGUAUUAGUCAUCAUAUUGAUCAUUUUGCACUGCAGACGCGGUAGUUCUUCUGCUUAGCGUAUCGGUCUGAUUGCAUUUUCAUGAAGAAAUGAUCAUAAAUGUUCUUCCUUGAGCUGCGUCACCCCGCUGCGGUAAUGGACUUGUCUGAGAUCUCCGUACAAACAAGCGGCUGCUGGAGGAGAGUUGGUAAGUUGUAUUUAGUCUCUUUGCUAAAGAAAUCAGGCAAAGCUAAAAAGAUGUUUUGUGGCUAGUGCUAUGGCUGGGACCCUGUAUUAGGGAUGUAAUUGUUAAGAUUUUAUUGAUAUCGAUGCCAUUAUCGAUUCUGCUUAUCGAUUCAAUUCUUUAACAAUUCCCUUAUUGAUGCCUUUCUUUGAUUUAAAAAAAAAAAGUAGACUAUAGGUUUUCACCGUUAACUCAAAAUUUUAUUGAGUCUCUGAUAACAGUAGUCUAAAAACAAUCAAACGAUAAACCAAUUGUACAGUGUUUACUUCAGUCGGUAUUAAGUCAAAUUAGGGUGACCAUAUUCUUGAUCCCCAAAAAGAGGUCAUUACUAAGUGGGAGGCCGAGUCGUGCGCAAAAUUUCGAAGGUUUUUUGGGUCGGGUUGAGUGUUUUUGAUACGCUUCUAACUCAGUUAGUCCAAGUCUGGCAUGCAUUGUGUUCAUGUUAACACAGGACAUACGUACCUUCCAUGCCAUUGCUGAGACGGAGCAGCAGCGGCUACGACCGGAAGAAAAGAAUCAUUUAGGGAAUGGUUAAGAUAAGAUGUAAACGAUGUCGAUGGCUUGAACCAUUUGGAACCAGUUCUCAACAAAACCUGGUUCUCGAUUCCCAUCCCCACCCUAUAUGUACUGUUGAUGAAGUUAGGUGCUGUUCUGAGCAUUAUUUGUGGCUAUAGAGUGGCUUUUUGGUUGAACUCGUGACUCUCUGUAUUGCUAUUGUGCAGUCGUUACUAAAGUUGGUAUAAGUAGAGAAGCGAGCAGUCAGUAACAUUCAUCUCUCGAGGUGGUGUCUAACUCGGUGUUACGGUGUGUUUGACCCUAACCUAAUUUUACACCGGAAUAUUCCUUUAACUCAACUGGGUUCUGUGUUACAAAUAGGUAGGAGAAUCAAACCUCAGUAGUGUUUAACACUGACUUGAGGUAUUGCAGCGACAAAUUGUGUAAUUUUCAAACACACCACUUCAUAGUAUUCAGGGUAAUCUGCAAACCAAUGAAUAAAAAUGUAACCUGCUGGUGUCAUUCUAUAUAAACUGUUAACCUUCAAACAUAGCUUUAAAAUAGUAUCAAUGGUAGAUGCUUCGUGCACAAAUCCUCCGACUCAGAAAGUAACAACCUUCUAGAGUUCCUUUGUAAUUCUGUUGUUGUUGUUGCACGUUUGCCUUCAUUUAUCUCACUGUCCAAAUGUAAUAUGUGAUUAUUCUGUUCCGCCUUAGAUCCUGCCACAAAGAUGUGGAAUUUUGGGCUGGAAGACUACCAACAGCUAAGUAUGAUCAUUAGUUAAAGCCAAGUGUGUUCAUAAGGAACAUACAGAAGUAGCCUGAAUUCAAUGCAUUAUUUGGAGUUCUUCUUCCUCCCCUGCUGCAUCUCCUCUUCUUUUUCCCCUGUAAUACAGUGGAGGAAGCAGUUUCAAUCCCCUCUGUGACUUUGAGGCCUCUGGAGGGAAUGGAAGCUCUGGACGUUGCUGCAGCCACCAGUCGAGCCCAUGACGGAGCGGCACUAGGAGCACUGCUGAAACUGUGCAACGGCUGGCAGAAACCUGGGGCCACUCUGCAGGGCCAGUGCAUCCUGUUGUCUCAUACAAAGUUUGAAGUCGACAUAGGUUACCAUAAUGAUGUCAUUGCAGGAUUUAAGCAGAUGCCAACAAAGAACUAUGGUAACAGAGUUUUCUUGACACCUUUCUAUUUCUAUGCUCUUAAAUUUCACAGCUUGUGAUAAAGAUUUAUUUGUUUUGUGGCAGACAUGCAAACAAGAAAAUGGAGCUUUUCUCUCAAGGAUUACAAGAGACUCAGUGAGUAGCAGCAUAUGCUGUAUUUGGCUGCUUUUAUCUCUCUGCUCCUGUUUGUCUCCGUGACAUUUGCCAUCUUGUCUGACCAUGCGUUGUUCCAUACCCAGUGGAUCAUCUCAGUGGGAUAGCAGCAGUGGAGGUGGAGCCUCUGCCCAGGGCAAUAGUCCAGGCAUUUUCUGCCAGCUUUGACGGGUCUGAAGCCAGGUCUUUAGUCGUCCCUGAAGCAGACCUCUCCAGCAUCGACUCCACACUUACUCACAGCCUCAUGCCCUUCCAGAGGGAAGGAGUCAAGUAGGUGCCUUUGAAAAGCCACCGCUGCUCUCUCUGCAUGAUCUAGCCAAUAAGUCAAUGCCAAGAGACAGCCAUUUGUCCAUAGUUUUCUCAGUGUAUGCACAAACGAAAAGACUUUGCAUGAUUAAUCAGUAUUUCCACAGCAGUUAUCUGUGAUUUAACUUGACAAAUUUUGGGUCUGAGAUGGUUUGAUCACUCACAUGACCUCUAACUGUAAGUUUCUUUGUGACCCAUCAGUUUUGCAGUAUUAAAACAAGGUCGACUCCUCUUGGCUGAUGACAUGGGCCUGGGAAAGACAGUUCAGGCCAUCUGCAUAGCAGCCUACUACAGGAAUGAGUGGCCUUUGCUAGUGGUGGCUCCGUCCUCUGUGAGAUUCACCUGGGCUGAGGUAGGAGAGAUCGGCAGAAAAAAUUAAAGUUUUGUGUCUUGUUGAAAAAAAGCUGGUGAAUUAGUAGGUGCAGGUGUUGAUCCUCUAGUUUCUGUUUUCUGUUUAAUGUUGUCAUUCUCGGUUUGCAUCAAGUCAGCACUCGGGUACAACGGUCUAGUUUCCUCUGACUAAAGCCUCACACCAAAAUGAUGCUUUUCUCUGCUUGAUGCUUUCUGUUUUCGAGAAAUGUGAACACUCUCCUGUCCCUCAAGGCUGCUUUCUUUUUGUCGAGGGAAGAUGGUAAAAUGAAACUGUGUUUUUAACUGUUUUUCAUACCUGUCAAAGUGUUCAUUUAUGGAGCAUAUGCAUUUUUUUUCUUUCCUCAAAGACUUUAAAAAUUGAAAGAUGAAGUGGUCAGUUUUACCAGCUGAUCAACAACUGUAAGGGGGCAGUAGGUCAGCUUAUAUGGACAAGAUGGGACUGAAAGGAUUGUCAGUUCAAGUCCUGGUAGAGACCUAGUUUUGAUGGGACCAGUUUUUACUUACUCUCUAUUAACAGACAGGAAGACAAAAAGACUGUGUAAAAUGUUGUUAAAACCAAAUUCAAUGCUUUUGAAAACCAUAUUAACCUUUAAUUUAAACUAUUGCAAAGGCACCUAAUGGAAUGUUAAAAAUGUUCUUAUGUAAAACCUCGGAUUUGAUCCCAGCAACAUCUCUCAAUUAAGUUGGGCCAGGGGAAACAUCUCCUAAAUACUGACCUUAAUUUGCAACAGGUUAGUAAGAUGACGGGUAUGAGACGGGCUCUUCAGAGAGACUGAGUCUUUCAAAGGUAAAGAUAGAGGAGGUUCGACACUCUGUGAGGGAUGGGGUGAGGAAAUAAUUUAGCAAUUCUAGGAUAAUGUUCUUGAGCAUAAAAUUUUGAUGAAUUUCCGAAUUUUUGUCAACUGUGGAAUAAAAUGUUUAAAAAAUCUGAUAAUUGGGAGUAAUUUCGUAACAAGAGACUAGACUGAAAAUGGACAUUGUCUGGAUAUGAUUUUUGUGCGAGAGGCAACACUGCAUCAAAAUCAGAUAUGACUCUGCAGUGGAAAUCGCAGCAUGGGCUCAUAAUCACAUCCAAAACUCAUCAUCUGUGAACACAGUUUGUCACUGUAUUCACAAAUAGGAGUUAAGGUCCAGAUAUGCUGGUGACUCCUCUUGGCCCAAGCCCACUUCAGAUGGACCAAAGCAAAAUAAAAAGCGCUCCUGUGGUCUGAAAUUUCAAAAUUGGACAUUAUUUUUGGAAAGCAUGGACACCACAACCUUCAGAUCGCCUGGCUUGUUGUCAGCUCUCAGUUCAAAAGCCAGCAUCCCUGAUGAGAUGGGGAGACAUUAAGUGCUGAUGACAUGUUUACACAUCUAGGAAGGCCUGAGGGAUAUAUAUGUUCAGGUUUGAGAGUAACAUAUGAUGUAGGACUGCCAACAAUCCUGCUCAGGUUUUUUUUAUGUUAUGUGCAAUUUUUAAAUCAUUCAAAUUUUAUUUCUCAAACUGUUUUUGAUAUUUGCAUAAAUAUGUCUUUACAUAAAUAAUUAUCACCAUGGCUGCACUUCUCCUGCUCACCUUCAUCGUGAACAUUCUGUGUCUUUGAGUUUGAAAACUUUAAUGUUCAUGUAACAAACAUGUUGUUUCUAUAUGUGGGUGCAGUGGUGUCAAAAUAGAAGUGGGUGAGAUUUAUAGAAAGUUUAGCAGGGCUUUGCAAGUGACCUUGUUCAGCUGAAAUGAUUGAAGUUUAAAAUCUGUUUUUAUGAAUGUUUCACAUAGGGCUGGGCGAUAAACCAAAAAUUUACCAAUACUAAAAUAUUUGGAUGUGUUUAGGUAGGCUAUGGUCUCAUGUCCCUGUAAGACACAGUCCUAUGUCAGUGAUGUGACUCCACCUCAUCCAGUCCGUAACAAAGAGGGAAAGACAGGUGAGGAGAUGGAGGACGGUUCAAAAGUUGGAGCAGCUGUGGAGUAGUUAUCGUCUGUUAUCGAUGUGAACUGCUCAAUAUAUCAUGAUAUUGAGUUGAGGCCAUAUCACCCAGCCCUAGUUUCACACAUGUACCACCUCUGGUGGAGUUGGAGUCAUAGAGUCUGAUGUACUAGUCUGAGCCAAUCUGGCGAUAAGAAGCUGCUGUGGCUCAGUGGUGAAGUUAACCUUCUCAAUCAGAAGGUUGAGGGUUAGAUUGCAGGUCCUGCUAUUUACAUGCUGAAGUGUCCUUUGGUAAGACACUUGAUGCUGAAUCGCCCCCUCUGGCUGUGCCCAACAGUGUAUUAAAAGGAUUAGUUAAAACUGAUGGGUACUCUCUCUGCAAAGUGGCCUCUGCCAUCCGUGUGUGACUGUGGUGUGGAUGGGUGAAUGUGACCUAGAAUGUAAGAGCACUUGGAGUGGUCAGAGGAGCAGAGAAAGCGCUAUAUAAACACAGUCCAUUUACCAUUGAAUAAUGCACAUGGCAUUAUUGAAUGUGACUGUGUCCUUUUCUAUGUUUUUUUUCUGUUACAUUCUCAGCACUCUCAGAGUUCAUCUCUGGUCCCACUUAUUUCUUUGUGUCUGAUUUUCUGCAGCAUCUAUUCACUCUUCUCUCCACGCUGCACAGUUUCAGAAGAGCCUCACUUUGCCUUCUGUCUAUUGACAAGACUAGACAGUCUGUUCUCUAAAUAGUCACUUGGAUCAAACACAGUCAUCCAAUCAGGAGUUAGAUUCACAGAGGAGAGUUAGUUACAGGAUGUUGUUCGAUUUAAAGGACACUUAGUCUGUCUGGCUUCGAUAUUAUCUGCAUUGUUAGCGCUGUGCGUUUGCAGCUGUUGAACAUGGGAGAUGUAACUUUUUGACUUUAAGUCAGGUUGACAGGGGAAUGUAGAGCAAGUAAGCAAAUUGUCAGGAACAUUUGGGCCACUGUUUUCUGAGCUCUGCUUAGAUAAAUGAAAACAUCGUAGUAGCAGUUGAGCUGAAUUUCUAGUGAGAAGCAACAUUUGAAUCAGCGACUUGUCAGCGAAAUACGUGUGGAUAUUUCUUUGGUAUUUCAAAGACUAACCAAUUGUUUUUACUGUUAUUCUGGGAAGUGUUGCUGCUUCACUCUACAUGUCUAACAUGACAAAGUGUUUCUGCCCGUAGGCCUUCAGACGCUGGCUUCCCUCCCUGAGUGCUGACAGAAUCAACGUGGUGGUAAAGGCCAAAGAAAAUCUGCGGUCUGGUCUGGUCAACAUCAUCAGCUAUGACCUCUUGAGCAGGAUGGAUAAGCAGCAGCUAGGAAACCCCUUCAGUGUUCUCAUCAUGGUCAGUCAUGUGGUUGGACUGUGUAUUAUUCAGCUAUUUUGAAAUGAAACUUUUAAUAACACAAAUUUUAUUUUAUUUUAUUUUAUUUUAUUUAUCUGUUCUAGUUAUUGUUAUUAUUAUUAAUUUUUAAAGUAUUUUUUUGGGGCAAUCUUUGCUUUAAUGGAUAGGAUAGAUUAGAAAUAUAGGGAGGAGAUAGAGAGUGAUGGGGAAGGACAUGCAGCACAUGGUCAGGGCCAGACUCGAACCUGCAACCGUUGCGGGGACCUUGGUCCCCAUAGGUGAUGCAUGCUAACCUGUAAUAACACAAUUUUUGAUGAAGUCAGUUAUUCUUUUUCUUUAAGCCAUGUAGUGUGAUAUCUAAACUAUGUGUGUGAUCUGGUCAUUCUGAGCAGGACGAGUCUCACUUUCUGAAGAACAUGAAGACUGCCCGUUGUAAAGCAGCCUUACCUCUCCUCAAGGUACUUGAUUUACUUGCUUCCAAAACCCAUUCAGCAGCUUUGCUUUAAAAAAAUUAGUAACUUAACAAAUUUCACAGCUAAACAAAACCCCUUUUAAAAACAUAAAUACUGUUUUGUUUCUAAGAAACUAAAGACAUGAGUUGUUAAAAACAGGGAGAAAAAAAAAUCUAGAAAAUAUACAAGUAGACACUGACUUGAACAGGAAUAUUAUUUAACGGUUGUAUUACUAUGUUCAAAUUACAUUAAACAAAAUCCUUACAGUGUGCCCAAAUACAGAGCAAGCAAAUACAUUUUCAAUAAACAUCUUGCUUCUUUGAACUGUGAAUUUUUUGGAGGCAUCAUGUAAUAGCUCUUUCAUUACUGUAUUGCAGACCCAUCAUCGUUUGUCCCUGUAGAGUUCAUGAGUAUCUGUUGGUAAAAUAGAUCCAGUAACCACUUCUGGUCCAAAGCAUUGCAGGAUUUUGGACAUUGCUUGGUUUAAUUUCUUGUUCCUGUCACUCAGCUCCCCUCAGCAGUCUCUGAUCAGAUUUUUUCUCUUUUUUUUUUCAUCUCCAGGCAGCAAAGAGGGUGAUUCUUCUGUCUGGGACCCCAGCCAUGUCCAGACCCUCAGAGCUCUACACACAGAUCCUUGCUGUCAGGCCAACUCUCUUCCCUCGCUUCCAUGAUUUUGGGCAGCGCUACUGUGCUGCCAAACAGGUAGCUUAAGUUUUUUUAAUGGCGAUGCUUAACCCUGUUACACUGUAGUUGGCUGGAGAAUUGAAGAUGUUGGAUUAUCAAAUAUGUAUUAUCAGCCGCCCUUACAUAACAAAGAUGACAGCACAAUUUAAAGUUAAUAAAUAUUCAAAAUAAACCAAUUAGUUUCUUAGACGUGUAGACUUUUCUCUGCAGUGAUUAUUCUCUUUGGGUCUUCAUUUAUUUCACCCAGUUUGUGACUUUGCUUCCUUCCAUUAAAUCUUCUAAAUUAAUUUUAGUGGUUUUGAAUGGGGCACACUCUGCAUGAUUUAAGGAGCAAUUAAAGCCUUAAUUUGUUCAUGAUGACUAAUAACCAGCUAAGAUUGGGGGGAUUUUGUGCUGCUUUUAAGCAAAUUGGGUUUAUCCUCAUCACAGUGCUUUUUACAACUUGGUCUUCACAGCCUGAUGGACACCAGCAGGAGCUUUCCGAGAGCAUGUGUGAUUCCUGUGAAUUAAAUUUGAACUUUAGUCCCCUGUUGUUUGGUCUUCAGCUUGAUAAAUCAGCUCUUGUACGAACAUUUGCUUUAAGAUGUCGCAGUGCUGCUGGCUCAGUUUUACUCCUCCUCUCUUUGCCCCCCAAAAGAUGGCUUGGGGGUGGGACUACUCAGGUUCCUCCAACCUUGGGGAGUUGAAGCUGCUGCUAGAGGAGAGUCUGAUGCUGCGACGCCUAAAGUCAGAAGUUCUCUCCCAGCUUCCUUCGAAACAACGCAAGGUGGUCACAGUGACCAUAGAUGGUGUCACCACCCGCUUAAAGACUGCUCUGUCAGCUGCUGCCGAGCGUUUAACCCGUGUAAACAACAACGUAAGUGAACAUGACCCCCCGUAACACUGAAAAGGCACAGCAUUAGAAAUGUUGUCUGUUUUCUAAUUCUUGAUUCAAAGUGAGAAGAAACCAGGAGUCAAAAGUCUGCAGUGUAAGGGUGUAACUCUCAGUGUGAAUGAAGAAAGAAAUAACUGUAAUAACUAAAGGUAAAUCUUUUUGUGAAUUCUGCUCAGUGGCUUUAACUCCAAAUAAUUAUGAGAUCCUGUUUGACAGAGAACUGAAAAUAUAAAAAUCUGACUACUCUACAUCAUCUACGUAAAAUUAAUUCAGGGUCAAAUACACUGAGUUAGACACCCCCUCGAGAGAUGAAUGUUGCCGACCGCUUGCUUCUCUAGUAAUACCAACUUUAGUUCGACUGUAUAAAAGCAAUACACAGUGGUCUGAGGAGCCAUAAACAAAUCUCAACCAAAAAGCCACUCUAUAGCCACAAAUAAUGCUCAGAACAGCACCUAACUUCAUCAACAGUAUAUAUAGGGUCCCAAUGAUAGUAUUAGCCACCAAACAUCUUUUUAACUUUGCCUGAUUUCUUCAGCAAAGAGAAUAAACAAAACUUACCCACUCUCUUCUAGCAGCCGCUUGUUUGUACAGAGAUGUCAGGCCAGUCCAUUAUGGACUACAGUGGGGUGACGCAGCUCAAGGAAGAUCAUUAAUGAUCAUUUCUUUAUGGAAAUGCAAUCAGACUGAGACGCUAAGGCAGAAGAACUACAAAAUGAUUAAUAUGGUGAUUAUUACUUAAAGGAAAUGAUAAAGUAAUGAUCAUAAAUUUUCUUCCUUGAGCUGUGUCACCCUGCUGUAGUCCGUAAUGGACUCGCCCAAGGUCUCCGUACACUGAGUUGUGUUUAGUGACUUUGCUAAAGAAAUCAGGCUAAGCUAAAAAGAUGUGCUGUUCUGAGCAUUAUUUGUGGCUAUAGAAUGGCAUUUUGGUUGAGGUUUGUAUUGUAUUGUAUUGCUAUUGUGCGGUCGUUACUAAAGUUGGUAUAAGUAGAGAAGUAUGCGGUCGGCAACAUUCAUCUCUCGACAGGGUGUCUAACUUGGUGUUAUGGUGUGUUUGACCCUGAAUUAAUUUUACACCGGAAUCUCCUUUUAAUCUUGUUUUGGUGGAAUGUGGUCUAGUCGUAUGACCUCUUCUAUGGAUCACCCUUGUGCACUAGCUCUCAUAUUCUCUGAAAAUAGAUAAACCAGUAUAUUAAUGUUUUUAAAUGGUGCUACUUUGAUGCACUGCAGAGUCAAAUAAGCAAAGAGGAUCCUGUUAAACAGGAGACAGUCAGAUUGAAGGCUGAUAGGGUCUUUUCAGGCCUCACAAAUGCCUCUCAGCUCACCCUGAGUACUUCACUCAGCUUCAUUUGUGAGUAAAUACCUGACGAUGAGAGUGGGAUCCUGAUCCUGAUUGUUCAUAAUCGCACUGCUUCUUGGAGUAGUGGCAGUCUUAUCCAAUCAUCAAAAAGAACCUCCUGUCACUUCUUAUCUUGGGCUGUUCCUUAUCUUUCUCAGAAAAAGGAAGAGAAGGAGGCCCUGCUCCUCUUUUAUAACCACACAGCUGAAGCCAAGCUACAAGCUAUUAUGUAAGUACAGACCUAAUGGUGGGAUCAGUGCGUCAUAUCAUAUUAAGAAUGAUGUGCGCUGAGAUUAAAAUGCAAAAUGAAUUGGUCUUUUGUCAGACUGAUGUGACUGCACUAGAUUUAAGAGAAUGAGAAGUGUUCUGAUAAAUGCACAUGGAAGUUGAAUAUUUGACUGUAUUUCUUCUUUAACUAUUAGGGAGUACAUUACUGACAUGCUGGAGUGUGGGAGAGAGAAGUUUCUGGUGUUUGCCCAUCAUAAGUCAGUCCUUGAUCACAUCACCAGUGAACUGGGGAAAAGGGUGAGUACAUCAGGACCCCCACAGGAGUCUGAAUUAUGAAAGCACAUUUUGACUUUCUAACAAGACUGGCUCUUGUGUGGAAGUUUAAGUCAACUCCUAGGUCAACUCAGCUGUAACUGCAGAGAAUGAGUGUAGGCAGUGACAAGCACAUUUGAACCAGGACCAGUAAUAAAUAAAACUAGUUUUAUUAGAAAGUGUUUCUCAUUGAGUUCAAUUUUUCUUAACCAACAUAAACCCUGUAUGUGGAUUAAGAGUUUUUUCAAAGUGUUUGUAAUGAGUCAUAAACUUUCUUACCCAGAAUGUCACCUACAUCCGUAUUGACGGGGCCACUCCAUCUGCUGAGCGGCAGCAGCUCUGUGAGAAGUUCCAGUUCUCCACCAGCAGCUGUGUGGCUGUCCUUUCAAUCACUGCAGCUAACAUGGGUCUGACCCUGCACUCUGCUGACCUGGUGAUCUUUGCUGAGCUUUUCUGGAACCCAGGGGUAAGCCGGAGAAAGUCCACACUGCUCAGUCAGUGUGAUACCCUCAUAGAAAUAUCUUCAGGCGCAGAUUUGAUUCAAACCUGUUUUUAGCGUCUGUCAGCUCUGUGUUGGGAAAAAUACAGCUUCAGUCUCUGUUAAAGCAUUGCCCUGCACUUAGGGCUGCAGCUAUCGAUUAUUUUAGUAAUCGAGUACUCUAUCGAUUAAUCUGUCGAUUAAUCGAGUAAUCGGAUAAGAAAUGUUUUGCUCUCACUGUAAUACUUUGCAUUGAAUCACGUUUGCCUCAUUAAAAACCAUCAGUAACACACAAAACUGAAAUAGGCCAGGUCUUUCAAAUGAAUAUUUUUACUGCAUAAAUCAGGAACCAAAAGUUUUACAUUUUACCAUGUAGUUCACAUGAAACUACUGAAGGCAAGGUCUGCAGAUGGUCUUUUAAUUGCUAUGGUAAUGAUCUUUGCAGUUUUCACUAAACCAGUCACAACUAUUUCCAGGCUUUGGAUCUAAUUUUACUUGUUUAAUUAAUAGGCUGAAAUAAUAUAAUUCUUGGAUACUAACAUAAUUUGACAAGCAAAUGUACAUUUAUUCAAUAUAUAAAAGUGUUACAUUUUUAUUUACAUGUUGUUGUGUGUUGGUCAUUUUGCAGCCCUCUGCUGCUCAUCACACGCCUAGCAGGUGGUGUAUAGCAUUAUCACCAUGGAUACACGGAUGUUUGUGUGAUUUUUUUCAUCCACUGCCGCCCGGUUUGUGUCGUGUAGAUGUUGAUUAUGAAAACACUUCGCAAUAAUUUGGAAACGUGAAGGGGGAGCUGCUGCUGCCCGGUGUUUACGGUAAAUAGACGCAAACACCGACCAAGUGGACGCUUCGGUCUCCGAAAACGCCGAGACAAAUUUACAAACAGCCACUAUUUCAAACAACUGGGCUCAUAAUCGUGAUGUAAACACUUACUUUCUCGCUAGAAAAAAUAUUAUUAUUGAAUGAAUUUAUAUAAUUUGUCCGGUAUGCAGUCGUUCUAUGUAGCUUGUGGUAGGACUAUUUAAAUUUUCCCGGCGCUGCGUCCGGCCGGCACGAAAUGCAUUCUGGGGUAUUUAGUAUGUAUGUGUGUAAACGCUCGGGCAGCCGCGGCAUACUCAAAUCAUCUUUGAGUAGUCAGUAGGCAAUAGCUACUGCUUGAGUAGGUAAGUAGAUAGCAGGCAGUAUGCCAUUUCGGACACAGCUUCUGUCUGUCCUCGUUUCCCUCCAUGAUUGAACCAAACGCGCGGCAGCGGAAGGAGCGGAAAGAGCACGCUUCUGCGCAACAGAAAUAACCGUCCGUGUCAAACACCGUGGUUCCGGAUUUAAACGAUUCCUCGAGGCAUAUAAUUUGCCUCGAGGAAUUUUAUUAAUCGAGUUACUCGAGUUACUCGAGUAAUCGUUUCAGCCCUACCUGCACUUAGCCUGACCCCUGUCGCUGUAACCACGACUUAAUUUCCAACAAGAAUUUUAAUGGUGCAUUAAUUUCAAAUCAUGGCAGCUGAGUAAGCAUGAAUCAUAACUUAUAUUUUCCUGGAGCAGCAGUGGACUUGGAGGGGUCAGUGCUGCUGAAUGCAGAGAGCAUCUGGUAAUUUCAUGAAAAAAUCUAAUUGCUCUUUUUUUGUAACAUUUCAUCGCAGGUUCUUAUUCAAGCAGAGGACAGAGUGCACCGUAUUGGACAGACCAGCAAUGUGAACAUUCACUACCUGGUUGCCAAGGGAACUGCUGAUGAUCACCUGUGGUAUGUGUCAGUCAGUGGGCAGUAUGACCUAUUUCUGCUGAUAAUCACACUGUGAUUUGCAUCAUUUUUCCCUCUGCCAUCCAGCUAAAGAUGAAACUCUUGGGUUUAUGUUCAUGUUGAUUUUCUAAAAUACGCACUUAGGCAAGUUUUACCCACUCUAUUAUAUCACACCAUGUAGGCCAAUGAUCCAGGCCAAAAUGAACGUCUUGGAGCAAGUGGGCCUGUCUGAGUCCAACCUCUCAGACAAAGCAGUCAACGCCAGCUUUCACUCCAAGGUAGGAAUACUAUUUUCACAGUUUCUUUAAGUGUCCACAGAUACGCAUAGAAUAAAUAGGUGAAAUUAUGAUACUUUCUAAGAGGUGUAAUUAAAUAUGUCGUUCAGGACCGUAACCAGAAGAGUAUUGUGGAGAUGUUCCAGAGGUCUUUCUGUGAAGGUGAUGACAUGGAUGAAGACAUCCUGCUGGAGGCUGCGAAUGACUGGGAGGAUUCCCCACCUGAAAACAGCUGCGGUCAGCAUCGAGGCAUGGCCGCACAAAGCCCCAACAAGAAGAACAUUAAAGACUAUUUUAGCAGAUGACUCUGAACUGUCUUUUUUCUCUGUUUUAUACAGCCUAUCAUGACUGAACAUAUGUCUGAUUAAUUUUUUUAAUAGAGCAAUAAUAAAACUAUAAAUUUACUUAUGAGAGAUAAUUAAAUGUUUGUUUCAGUGUUUUUUCUUCAGUCCUAAAAUUGUUAAUUAAAGCAGUUUCUGAUUUAAUGCAA